ACAAAUGGUGAAGUCUGAGACUGCUUCACUCAUCUAACCGAAAUACAGUUUUCGAUUCGAACCCCCUUUGUUACUAUCUCAUUCAUUUGCUUCGAAAACCCUAAUUUGGAUCUCGAAAUCGAUGGAGGAAGAUGACAAACAAUCGCACGAGGAGGGGGAGAAAGAACCGAUUCAGAGAGAGGAAUCGCCGCCUCAGAACGCCGGUGGAUGGGGAUGGGGGUUUUCCGGCUUCUCCGUGCUCUCCGAUCUUCAGAAAGCUGCCCAGGAUAUAUCUCGCAAUGCUGCAGCAGUGGCGGAGAAAGCAGCGAAAAGCAUUGCGGAUAUGCAGGAAGGCGAUGAAGACUCGGAAUCUUCUGCCAAGGAAGAAGAGAAGGGUGAUGAUACAGAGCAGGAUAGUGAUGAUGAUGAUGAUGAUGAGAGUCACAAGUUAAAGAAGUUGGCUUUAGCUAAGUUGGAGGAUGCAAGUGAAGAGUCACUUCUUAGCCAGGGUUUGAAGGUUUUAGAUGAUUCAGUGGAGAGUUUUACUUCUGGAGCUUGGCUGGCACUAGGGAAUGCAUUAAAAGGAGGCACUAGUUUGGUGCAAAAGCUUGAAAACAGUGUCCAGCAAGGUUCUUCGCCUAGGGAAGCUGGAUCUGAUGCUCCGUCUCUAUUGGAGACGGGAAAAGCAUUAACUGCCAAAGGAAUGCAAGUUCUUGAGUUUGUGGGCAAGGAGACUAUGGAUUUGUUGAUUACAGAGACUGGUCUUGGAGUUGACAAGAACGGGGAAGGCUUUAAGGAUCAAACUAUUGAGGAAGUGACAUUUGAUCGAUGCUUUUACAUUUAUGGUGGUCCUGAGCAGCUUGAGGAACUGGAAGCAUUGUCAAGCCACUAUACUCUGUUGUUCAACAGGAGAAAGGGGAAACUGUCACAAGAUGAGAAAUCGAUGUAUGACGAGAAGCUCAAACAGAUCCAGCAGCUGUUUAGCUUCGCUGCUGAAAUGAAUGAAAUUAAAGUAGAGUCUGACAAAGGGAAGAAAAUAGAUACCGAAACUGAAGGCAGUGAUGAUGACAUGAAGAAUUUACAUAACUCGAGCGUCAGCCAAGCUGCUGAUAUGGCUGCUGGGUUCACAAACGCUUUAACUGGACUAAGCAUAAACGAUAUGAUCCAGCGGACUGGUGGCAGGCUUGAAUCUCUUCACUCAGAAGGAGUUCAUAGACUUUCAGAGAUGUGCUGUUUUGCAGUUACUCAUCUACUUAUUCUCGGUAAGUCCAUGAUAUCUCAUGCCAACAAAGUUCAGGAUGAAGACACCGAAGCUCUGAAAAUCGAGUGGCCAGAGGAUCCUACUGAAAAAGCUAAGCUGAUUAAAGGCAAAGCAGAAUCGAUGGCUGGAUACGUUGAAGCAGUUUCCAACAGUUUUAUAACAGGUAUAUCAGAUGUAUCUGAAACAUACUCAGCUGCGAUCAAAGGAGCUUCCACUGAUGAUGAUUCCAAAGAUAAUCUACUGAAAACAUCAACCAUGGAGGAAAAGGCAAACACUUUUAAUGAUAGUCUUCGCUCCGACCAAACCACAGCCAUCACAAAGAUCCAGGAAGGACUUCAGUACCUAUCCUAUGUCGUGAUAUCUACCUCAAUGCCCUCUUCUUAAUAUAAUAAGAGAGUCGGAUUGUUCUUAUUCAGUUAUUUGUAUGUUUCCUUCUUUCUUUGUAGAUAUUGUCUGUUUUGCUAGUUGAUCUUAUGGUCUGUUUGCUUCAACUUUAGUCCUACUUCUAUGUUGUUUGGAUCUUUGAAAAGUUUGAUAAAAUCUGGAAACCAAACAUUAAAACAA